UUUCUGCGGGCGUUGGGCGCGCACCGGAGCCAUCCCGGGCCUCCGUCACGGUCCGGCAGGGCCCCCGGGGCUGCUCGGGCGGGGCCGGGGCCCCCCGGGGCCGCAGCGAAGGCUCAGAGCGGCCUCGGGCCCCGCCGGGGCCGCUCCCCCAGACCCGCAGCCCCCGGGCCCGGCUCCCUCCCGGUCCCGUCUCUCUGUCCGCGACUUCCUAAAAACGUCGGGAAUUCGUCCGCUUCCAGCAGGAUCGCUCCUAAAAUCAGCUCUAGGGGAGGGGUCCGGCCUGUCGGUGGCCCCCUCCUCCGCCGGUGUCCCCGGUGCCGGGACAUCGCGCUGUGCUGCCGCUGCCCCGGGGCAGGAGGAGCUGCCGGCCCUGACCGGGGCCUCACCCCGGCCUCCCACGCUCCCCUCCCGUUACCUGCCCGCGGCACAGCCCCGGGAGUCGGGAAUUGCGGCACCUCCCUCCCGCCUGCCCUUGCGAAACCGGCCACGGUGGUUCCUCUUCCUCCCCCGGCGGAGCGGAGCCGCCCCGAGCCUCGCCACGAUCCCCGCGCCGCGCUGGGGAUUCGCUUCCCGGGGCUGGGAUCCCGUCCCGACCCCGCGGGGUCCCCCAGAACCGGGAGCGACGGGGAGCCGGGAUGCGCUGACCCCGCGGCUCCCCCCGGCCGGAGCCUUUUUAAGGCACAAAGGUGCUCAUUGUGCCGCCCGCAAAUCCCUAAUCCCGGGCUGCUGCUGCUGCGCUGGGCCUCGGCACGGUGCCGGUGGGCUCCGGGCCUCCUUUUCCCCCCGGGAACUGGCUUUGGAUCGGCCGCGGGAUGCGCACACGGCUCUCGGGAGGGAAAACAGCGUCGGGGGCUUCUUCUGCUCCUCCUGCGCUGCAGAGCCGGGGUUGCCGUCCCGGAGCCGAGUCCCGGCUCUUCCCUCGGGCUGCCGGGCCCCUGUUAAUGAUCACCCUCCGACCUCUGGGCUGCAGGGGCAAAGUCCCUCGGUGCCCGAGCCCGGCGCCGGCCGCUCCGACGGGGAUUUCACCGGGGAUUUCACCGGGGCCUCCCCGGGAGCAGAGCAUGUUUCAGACCUUGUAUAACUAUUUUUGGUGGGAACGGCUCUGGCUCCCGGCAAACCUCACCUGGGCUGACCUGGAGGACCGGGAUGGGCGAGUCUAUGCCAAAGCCUCUGACCUGUACAUCACCCUCCCCUUGGCCUUCCUCUUCCUCGUUGUCCGGCACCUCUUUGAGACGUAUGUGGCCACCCCCCUGGCCGGGCUCCUGAAUGUCAAGGAGAAGGUCCGGUUAAAAGCCACCCCCAAUGCGGUGCUGGAGAAGUUUUAUGCUGCCACCAGCAAACACCCUAAGCAGGCUGAUGUGGAGAUGCUCUCCAAGAAGAGCGGCUGCACCGUGCGCCAGGUCGAGCGCUGGUUCCGCCGCCGCCGCAACCAGGACCGGCCCAGCCUGCUCAAGAAGUUCCGGGAGGCCAGUUGGAGAUUCACCUUUUACCUUAUUGCUUUCAUUGCUGGCAUGGCUGUCAUAGUGGAUAAACCCUGGUUCUACGACCUCCGGGAGGUGUGGAAGGGAUAUCCCAUCCAGAGCGUGCUGCCCUCCCAGUACUGGUACUACAUGAUCGAGCUCUCCUUCUACUGGUCCCUGCUCUUCAGCAUCGCCUCUGACGUCAAGCGCAAGGAUUUCAAAGAGCAAAUCAUCCACCACGUCGCCACCAUCAUCCUCAUCAGCUUCUCCUGGUUCGCCAACUACGUCCGUGCAGGGACGCUCAUCAUGGCCCUGCACGACUCCUCGGAUUACCUGCUGGAGUCUGCCAAGAUGUUCAACUACGCCGGCUGGAGGAACACCUGCAACAACAUCUUCAUCGUCUUCGCAGCCGUCUUCAUCAUCACCCGCCUGGUCAUCCUGCCCUUCUGGAUCAUGCACUGCACCAUGUUCUACCCGCUGGAUCUCUACCCCGCCUUCUUCGGCUACUACUUCUUCAACUUCAUGAUGGUGGUGCUGCAGUCGCUGCACAUCUUCUGGGCCUACCUCAUCAUCCGCAUGGCCCAGAAGUUCAUAACUGGAAAGGUGGUGGAGGAUGAGCGGAGUGACCGCGAGGAGACGGACAACUCGGAGGAGGAGGAGGAGGUGGCCAAGAACGGGCCCCUCUCCAAUGGCCACCCUGUCCUCAACAACAACCACCGCAAAACCGACUGAGUGCCCCGGACCCGAGAGCUGCCACCUCGUGCCACCGGCCCGGCCCCUCCGGCCGCUCCACACCGGGACCCCGGAGCGGGGCCGCAGCUCUGCCUCACACUCACCGCUGGUGCCCUUCCACCUCUCACCUGCUGCCUUAAUCCACUGCGGUUCCCGGGGCUGGCGGGGACCCUGCCAGGAGGGCUCCCGUCCCACCGGGGCGGCUCCUGCCGGUCCCACCGGGGCGGCUCCUGCCGGUCCCACCGGGGCGGCUCCUGCCGGUCCCACCGGGGCGGCUCCUGCCGGUCCCACCGGGGCAGCUCCCGCCCGCCCCGCAGCCCCUCGGGUUGCUCUGGCCAAAGAGCUCGGCCCCAGCCCCUCGCUGGGCUCUGUUAUUCCUGAUUUCCCAACCAUUCCUUCACCGGGGGAGGGGAGAAGCCCCUUCCUCUGACCUGUGUCCGGCUGGAACAGCCGGCUCAACCCCUGCUCCACCCAACUGGGAGGGAGGAGCGGGAAUUCCUGGGUGUUCAGUGCCUAAAUGACGGGAUGACACUAUGGAAGUACUUGGGGGAAGGAAGCUCUGGGGCUGAGUCACUCCUUGUGUCUCACAGAGUUUAAUCCUCUCAUUUCGGUAAAUGGAUUUUGAGUUUCUCCCUCUCUGGCCUCUCCCAGCUGUAACAGGACAAAUUUCCAACUGAUUUUUCCUUUUUUUUUUUUUUUCUUUCUAUUUAUUUGGAAGACAGAAGGAGCCGGGCUUGGCUCUGUCUCCUGCAUCCCUCGGGAUGCUGCGAGACCUCCCAGCACGGAGGGGUGGGGGGAAAAA